AUGACGGUGUUGAUGGCUGCGGACUACCAAGGUUCAGAAACCAUAGAAAACACGCUGUCCCCUCCGAGCUCAACAGACGCGGUCCCCUUGAAAACGUGUGUCGCAGGCAGGCCAGUCAAUGGAGUUGUCAAUAGUCUCCACCCUGGCCUGCCUGAUCCUGGUUCUCCUGACAGCUCUGACACGGAGGAGUUACUGAACAAGAAGCAGCGUUUAAACCUGCCCCCCACGCCUCCGGACAGCACUGGUGCCGCGGCCCGCACCCGCCCCAUACUGACCUGCAGGAAACGAAGACUGGUCCGCCCCAGCAGCGUCUUGACUCUCAACAGAAAGGUUCAUAAAAGCUCAGUGAGUCGAGGCAGCUGUGACAUCAACCCUUCGUGUGCCAUGUGUGGUAACCGGGCGCCCCCCUCCACAGAGUUUCAGUACGAGGCCCCACUUCUAGAAAGGCUCUCCCUGUUUGACCCCUGUAUUCACCCCAUCCUCUCGUUCCCCGAUGAUGUUUCCAUGAACCUACACUUCCAGAGGACUUUGAAAUCACACUGGCAAAAUAAACCGCUGGAGAAAAUCAAACCCCUGAAAAAGCUCUCCCUCAAACACAAACUAUCCAUGACCAGCAGACUGGCAGACCCCCCUUCCAAAGACAAACACAGACUUUCAAGCUCUCUUCUUGCAGCAGUCCGACUCUCGCACCACAAAAUACGCCCUGAAAAGAUCCACAGGCAGCACCUCGACAAUGUACUGACUGUUUCACAACUGGAGAGGACACCAGUGUGCAAACCAGAGCGACCACAGACACUGACUCCUGCCUCCUACGAUAAAAGCCACACUAAGAAAAGGCAAAGGGAACACUCCAUCGAGAGGACAGAAGCAGCCCCAAGAUACCUCAUGGACACGGGAAGUCCAUGGUCUUCAUUGGUGGGGUUGCACACGCCCACCCACAGCCCUCUGAUGAGACAGCUCUCCACAUCCUCGGAGAGCUCCACACCUAUAGCUACCAACAGCACGCCGCAGCCAGUGCGGCGGCGAAGAGGAGAAAGUUCAUUUGAUAUUAACAAUAUUGUUAUUCCAAUGUCUGUUGCUGCCACAACUCGAGUUGAGAAACUCCAGUACAAGGAAAUCCUCACACCAAGUUGGCGGGAAGUGGACAUUUGUGCACAACCAAUAGCAGAAGAGGAUGACAGUGUGGAGAUUGAAGACCUGUCGGAUGCUGAAUUCGCUGUCCAGCAUUUAAAAUGCGAAGACCUGGAGCGCUCCCGGUGGACUUGGACUGCGACAGCUGCAGCACAGCGACGAGGGAGCAGGUCUUACAAAUCUUCAGACGGAAGGACAACUCCACUGCUGGGUGGUACAACCCCGUCCACACCACAGCCUGCCUCGCCCGACGCAGCGCAUUUCUAUUCCCUGCAAGACUUUGGCUCCAUGCCUUCCCCGCACAGUCCUGCCAGCCCAGACGUGAUCUCAAACCCAUAUACUCCUGGUUCUCGGGACUCUCAUCGUCUGCAGUCCAGCGAAGACACACGCUGCUCCACGCCCGACUUAAGCUUUGAAGAAGUGACUGUCCAACCCUGGGAGAGGCGCACUUUUCCACUGUCGUCCGACCCAGUGAACGAACCCGAGGACCAUUGUGAGCUACAGGACUGGCCGAUGCGAGGCAUUCGCCGGAUCUCUGACAGCAGAUCCUUCAGCAAGGAGUCUGAGAACGAGCUAGCAUGGCCCGUAUCGGAGGAGAGCAAGCAGAGGCAUCAAACCGCACUGAAACAGUCUCACAGAUGAACAAACAGAAGGACUCUUUUGGCUUUAAAGAUUCUGUUGUUUGAUAUUCAAACAUCAGUCAAAUUUCACAGUUUUUAGUGAACAUACAGAAUUUAGAAACUGUUUUUAAACUUGUUUUCGUCACAAAAAAAAACCCCAUUGCAAACUAGGUCACAAAUUUAGGAUGAACACAUGGGAUGGGACGUCUGGCAUACUUUUCUAUUAUAUAUUAGGUGUACAUGUAUAGGGCACUGAAUCAGACUUGAAGGGGUUUGGACAAUGUUCUGGAAAAGGGUGUUUUGUAUCAAUAGUUGAUGUCUGUGUCCCCAUGUAAGUUUAAAGUGGAGUGACAUAAAACAACUUUUUUCUUUUUUCCCUUAAAGUGCAUUUUUGCUAUGUUUCCUUUUUAAGAGAGCUUCAACAAAUAAUGGACAUUCUUCUCUGCUCUGUGUAGAACCGAUUUGAGAUUACUGAGCACUUAGAUUAGGGACCGCAGUCUUUAUGACUAGUUGUGGACCUCACUGAAUCUAAAAUUUAAGUUGAGUGUAAAAUAGGUAUGCCUGGUGUGCCUCCACUCUGUUUUGGAUGUUAAAGCAUCAGCUGUAUCUUACUGCUCAAUAUUAUGCAAUGUUUACUUAAGUAUAGCUGUUUGUACUUCAGCAUUUUGUUUUUCAAUAAACAAAAUACAUAUUUCUGUUGACCCACGGUGUGUUCUGCAAAGGUAUUUUGUAGAUGUUGAUGUUUCAGUUUCUCUUUACAGUAUGUUUGGAGAGUAUUGAGCAUUUGCCAACAAAAAAAAAUUAUAUAUAUUGUUUGUCUGCUGGUCUUGAAAUUGACAGAAUUGUAACUCCUAGUGUUGUGCUAGAUUUCGUAUGUGGUUUUCACUUGAACCAUUAAAGAGGCUGGUUCUGCAAAACAAAACGGGUUUCGUGAUUUAGGUUUGUAGGUGUGCUGAAUCAGUUACAACAUCAAUAAAUACUUUUUUACUUUUCUUAAACAUCCAGCCACCAUGUUCAUAUGGCUACAACUCAUUUAACACAUUUAGCAGCACCACUGUGUUGCAAUGCAAAGUUAAAUAUUGAUGUAGACUUGAAUGAACAAAAGUUGUUCUCUUUAAAAGGAAGCACACACGUUAAUGGUCCUUUAAAAAUAAAUAAAUAAAUAAAAUACACCCAGAGCUCAGGCAACAAUUCUAAGGGAAAAUUAUUUCUUUGUUUUUUCACAUUUUCAAAAUCAGUUAUGUAUUACAUUUAGUACUGUUUAUUGCGAUUCUCUUGAACAUAACUAUAUUUCUUGAACUAGCCGUUCUGUGACGUUACAAAUAAACCUUGCAGGUUUUCAGCUGAUUUAUCAGAUCAUUAAAAGUAAAUGCCGCUAUUCCACAUUUGAAUUGCACAUUUCUAUGCAAUCAAGUUUAUGCCGUAUUUCGUUAUUUCUUUAAUGUCUGUGUGUGUGUAUACGUACACAUCAAAUUGUAAUUCGCAUUCAGUCUUCUAUCACGUAUUUUGUUUUUGUAGUUUAAGACAGGUUUCAAUGUAACAGUAAGAUUGCAAAAUUGUUUUGUAAAUAAAACAAUUCCUUGUUUAUCACUGCCUGAGUUGGGGGGGGGGGGUGGAUUUGUUUUCAUCUUGGGUUAAAGAAAUCACUCCACUGUAAACAGAAAAAAAAAAUCUAUAUAUAUAUUGUUGGAUUGGAUUUUGAGAUGUUUUCACUUUAUUUCACAAAAUGCCACAAAUUGUGACUGUUCUGUCUACAGAAUCAGCACUAAAGUCACAUCUUUACCUGGAUUUCCACACCAUUUCAGGUUGAAAAACGUGUUGCUCCCAAUGGGGUUUCAUUGUGCAGAGACAGCAAUGUGACCUUUUGUGUGUAUAACUGUCUCUCAUGCUAAUAGAUCAUUUAAACAUGUAUUUAAAGUAAAUAAAUAAUAAAGUAAGAAAAUAGAAGCUUAAUUAAAGAGGGGUUAUUGAAAACUUCCAGCAGUUUAUUCGUUACCAUCAAAAACUUGCCAAUUAGUUUUCUACAGAUACUUCAUAGAUCAUUUUUCUGUUGUGUUUUUUGUGUGUGUAGUUUGCACCCCAUUUUACACAAACUAGAGAGACCAGUAGCGGGGACCCUAGAGUAGUCGACCGCCACUUUGUUUAUUGUUUCGUUAACAAGCUAGGGACUUGUACUUAACCAUAAAACAAUCAUGUUACCUGUUCUGGGCAGACAGGUUUUUUGGUUUAUAGUUCAUUCAAUGAUGGCUGAUAAACAGAGAGGUUUUUACAGCACAGCCUGCUUUUUUUAUUUUGUUUCUUGUUUUGUUUAAUUAAACCAUUUUAAAAUGUUUUGUUAUGCACCAUGAACAGCAGGUGUAUUGUUUUUGGGGUUGCAUGUUUAAAUAAAUAAAUAAAAACAACCCUGUGUUGAAAUACAGAUGGUGGAACCUGUACUUGACAGCUCACAAUUCAAUCUGAUCUCUAUUCAAUUUUCAAAUUGGUUUGGAAUUUAUCAUCCGUACAAACGGGACAAGUUCCAAAUCUCAUUGAAAUCGGUGGUGAAUGCAAACGUGGCAUUGGAGAGCUGUUCUAAUGCAUGGUGACAGUUAAACCUCUUUUAAAACGGGGGCCAUCCACAUUAACAUUUUUGUUGUGCUAUAGUUGUAUCUGCCUUUUAUUAUACAGAUUAUAUAAAGGGACUGUUAAGAAGACGGUUUCUUAUAAAGGGUGUUUGUAAAGGAGGUUGAACUAUACUAUGACGACACUUUCUGUGGAAUAUCUGCAUACUUUAAUUACAGCUUAUGUUGAGUGAAAGUUGUAAAAAUGUUUGAAGUUUUGAAUAACCCCAUUGUGCUUUGUAUAAAUAGGGUUAUAUUUUGUAAAUAUUUUGUUUGUUUCUUAACUGUGUACUUGAAGCUCAGGCUUUAGCCGUCCUGGUUGUAUAGAAGAAAAAAUAAGUUUUCUUUACGCAGAGAAGCAACUAUUUGUUAAAUUUAUCAACGACUUUAAUGGGAAGCGCAGUAUGUGCUUAUAACACAAAAAAAAACAAUUAAACGAAAGUUUAAGGUG